AUUUUGCCCUUAUUUCAAGAAGCUGAAGAUAAAAACAGACUUUUACGAACUGUGGCAGGUGGAGGUUUAGAAACAAUUAGUAAUCUGAAAGCUAAGUGGGAUAAAUUUGAGUUGAUGAUGGAAAGUCACCAACUUAUGAUUAAAGAUCAGAUUGAAGUGAUGAAAGGAAAUGUGAAAUCACGUCUUCAGAUCUAUUAUCAAGAACUGGAAAAAUUUAAAGCUCGUUGGGACCAACUAAAGCCUGGCGAUGAUGUUAUUGAAGCUGGCCAACAUAAUACUCUUGAUAAAAGUGCGAAGUCAAUAAAAGAGAAAAAAAUUGAGUUCGAUGAUCUUGAAGUCAUAAGAAAAAAGCUGGUUGAUGAUUGCCAUCAUUUUGGACUAGAAGAGCCUAAUUUCUCUCUGGCACAUAGUAUCUCUAAAGACAUUGAGAGCUGUGCACAAAUUUGGGCCCUUUAUGAAGAGUUUCAGCAAGGAUUUCAGGAAAUGGCCAAUGAAGAUUGGAUUACUUUUCGGACUAAGACAUAUCUGUUUGAGGAAUUUUUGAUGAAUUGGCAUGACAGAUUAAGGAAGAUUGAAGAACAUUCUGUAAUGACAGUGAAAUUACAAUCAGAAGUUGACAAAUAUAAAAUCGCAAUUCCUAUCUUAAAAUAUGUGAGAGGGGAGCAUCUUUCUCCAGAUCACUGGCUUGACCUUUUUCGUCUACUUGGCCUUCCUAGGGGGACUAGUCUAGAGAAAUUACUGUUUGGUGAUCUGCUCAGAGUAGCUGAUACAAUUGUAGCCAAAGCUUCAGACCUCAAAGAUUUAAACAGUCGGGCUCAAGGUGAAGUUACAAUCAGAGAAGCUUUACGUGAACUUGAUCUUUGGGGAGUUGGAGCAGUAUUUACAUUGAUUGAUUAUGAAGACAGCCAAAGUCGAACUAUCAAGCUGAUUAAAGACUGGAAAGAUAUAGUAAAUCAGGUUGGAGAUAAUAGAUGCCUUCUUCAAUCCUUAAAGGACUCUCCUUAUUAUAAAGGAUUUGAAGAUAAAGUGUCAAUUUGGGAAAGAAAACUUGCGGAGUUAGAUGAGUACCUGCAGAAUUUAAAUCAUAUUCAGAGAAAGUGGGUGUAUUUGGAACCCAUUUUUGGAGGAGGAGCAUUGCCAAAAGAACAGACACGCUUCAAUAGAGUUGAUGAAGAUUUUAGAUCAAUAAUGACUGACAUCCGGAAAGACAAUAGAGUCACAACGUUAACUACUCAUGCAGGAAUCAGAAAUUCUCUACUAACAAUACUUGAUCAGCUUCAGAGAUGUCAGAAAUCAUUAAAUGAAUUUUUGGAGGAAAAACGCUCAGCAUUCCCAAGAUUUUAUUUUAUUGGUGAUGAUGACUUAUUAGAAAUACUGGGCCAGUCUACUAACCCAUCAGUGAUUCAGUCUCAUCUUAAGAAGCUAUUUGCUGGUAUUAACAGUGUGUGCUUUGAUGAGGAAUCCAAACAUAUAACUGCAAUGAAAUCUUUAGAGGGAGAAGUUGUACCUUUUAAAAAUAAAGUUCUUCUAUCAAAUAAUGUAGAGGCUUGGUUGAAUGAUUUGGCCCUGGAAAUGAAGCAAACUUUGAAACAGUUGUUGGAGGAAUGUGUUACUACUGGGCAGAGUUCUCAAGGUGCAAUUGACCCAUCUCUGUUCCCUUCACAGAUACUAUGCUUGGCGGAGCAGAUUAAAUUCACUGAAGAUGUAGAAAAUGCUAUCAAAGAUCAUAGUCUUCAUCAGAUUGAAACACAACUGGUGAAUAAAUUAGAGCACUAUACUAAUAUUGAUACAAGUUCUGAGGAUCCAGGGAGCACUG